AAACGCAAAGCGCAGGCGAGACGAAGGUCAUCGGCGGCUUCUGCAUCGUCAUCUGUCGCUGAAGCGGCUCCUUUCUAUGCCUACGGCGUUCGACCACCCAGUACGCAAGCCGAGGCCGCCGAAAUGAUAAUUGCUAUCCUCCAUAAGCAACGCGCACUUUUGCAGUUCUACCUGAAAGCUUUCCGGCAGGAGCCUCAUUGCUCUUUCUUUCGCACCGCAUACCUUCCUUGGCUUGCCAACGAGGAGGAAGCCGGAGUCUCCGUGGACAGCCUCCCCCAGACGCCCACGAGUCCGUCCAUCCCAAGCAACAUUCGCGGGAGCCUCCCUGCCCGCCCGCUUGACCAACCGCUGACGGCAUCUUUGUUCAUGGAUGGAAUCGAGAGCUUCGGAGAAUGGCCAAUACUGACGUCCCCCCGUGCUCAGCGCGACCUCCGCAAGGCCCGCAAAGAGGACGCGAAGAAAUUCAAGAUCAUCGUCAAGAAAAUCCAGGAGCUCUCGAAAGGCCACUUCUCUGACGACAAUCAUAAGAGGCUGACAGGUCUAAAUGUCGGAGUGCCCGUGUAUGAGGCCAAGAUGUCGCGAGACCUGAGAUUGGUGUAUCAAAUCCAAUGGACCCCCGUCUUUGAGUCCGAUGUAACAAUCCGGAUCUUCGGUGUAUACACCCACGCCCAACUUGAUGCUAGGUUUUGGAGCGCCGUCAGUCGAUCGUCCGCCAACCAAGAAGCCGAAUACAAGAAGCGGCGACGCGACCGGGCGACGUACCGAAGGGGCGACAACGUCGUACUGCCGCUAGUAUUCUCGGACUCUAGCGCGUCUAAAUCGGAGAUGCGGGAGCCGUCGCAAGACCUAAACGAUAUCGCCAAGGAUCUCUCCAAAGCGGAUAUGGAAGAGCAAGAUAAACGUCGCCUCAUAGACAUAUUGGCGGACCAGGACGUUGCACACGUCUUCAAUGUAUCGGAACCGGAAAGGGAGAUCAUCGAGUACCCCGACUCGUGCAUUGUCGUCGGGCGAAGUGGGACUGGGAAAACUACCACCAUCCUGUUCAAGAUGCUCGGCAUAGAGCGCUCCGCGGAGGCGCAGGGAGUAACAGACGUAGCCAAGCCCCGCCAGCUGUUCAUCACCCAGUCUCGCGUUCUCGCGGACAAGGUCGCAGAGUACUACGGAAAACUGCAGCAGUCAUUUUCCACAGAGAACUCUACGCCGACCGAGCUCAAGGAGAUGGCUGCCAAAGGGGGGACCGUGCAUCAGAGGCGCCAGCGGCUCGUCGAUGCCGACGAAGAAGUAUACUGGGAAGCCGAUCUCCCAAAACGAUAUGGAGCACUCGAAGACGGACAUUUCCCGAUGUUUCUGACGUACGAACACCUGUGUCGGCUCCUUGAGAGCGAGUUCAAUGUGAUGCUCUCUGAAGCGGACAAGCAGCGAGAGGUGAAGCACACUCUCCGGAAGGCGCUUCAACGCAGCAACUCCGAGUCGAAGAGCACAGCGUUUCGUGAUACCAUCAUCACCUACAAGACAUUCGUGGACAUAUACUGGGCCCCCUUCCUGAAGGGCAAGUAUCCGGAUGUAAUAUUCAGCGAGUUUCUAGGCACGUACUUCAUAUCUGGCGUCAUCCAGGGCUCCGAACAAGCUUUCAACUCGGACACUGGUUAUCUCAGCAAGGACGCGUACUGCGGCAUCAAUCGUCGCUCCCUUGGCGUGAUUACGGACUACGGCCAGCGCGAGGCCAUCUAUGACCUCUUCUUGUUGUAUCGGACGAAGAAGCGACAACUUUGGCAGCGCGAUGCAGCUGACAGGCGCGUCAUAUCCUUCACGACUUUCCAAUUGAAGAAGGGCCUCCCCGGUCGACCCGUCGACUACUUGUAUGUUGACGAGGCCCAGGACAACCUUCUCAUCGACACUUUCGUGCUCCGUGCCCUAUGCCCAAAUCCGCGUGGUAUAUUCUGGGCUGGUGACACCGCGCAGACAAUUUCGGCGGGUAGCACGUUCAGAUUCAGCGAGCUGAAGGCCUUCCUGUAUCGGUUCUCUCAUUCUUCGCCAAACGGCCCUCCUCCCUCAAGCCCACAAAUAUUCAACCUCACUACAAACUAUCGCUCUCACGCCGGCAUCGCCAGCUGCGCGGCUACUAUCGUCGAACUGAUGACGAGAUUUUGGCCCGACUCCGUGGACGUCCUGCCCCGGGAGGAGGGUAUGACUGUCGGUCCAAAGCCUAUGUUUUUCCAUGACGAGUACUCUGCAAACUUGACCCAGUUUCUAUCUGAGGACUCGGAAAGUAGUACAGCCGAAUUUGGUGCACGUCAGUGUAUCCUGGUUCGGGAUGAAGCAAUGAGGGAAAGACUACGUCGUGAAGUUGGUCAGAUAGGCAUCAUCUUGACAAUCCCUGAGAGCAAGGGGCUCGAAUUCGACGACAUCUUGUUGUACCAACCAUUCCAAGAUUCUCCCGAAGAGUUUCAGCAAUGGCGCCUCAUUUCAAGCUGUGUCCCUGGAGGAUAUGCACCCGCCUUCAACGAGGUUCGCCAUAGCGGGAUAUGCCGAGAGCUCAAAUUCCUGUACGUGGCCGUCACACGGGCACGGAUGAAUCUCUGGAUCAUGGACUGUUCGGGUAAAGGAGAGCCCAUGCGGAGCUUUUGGACGCACGCCGGUCUGAUCGACAACCGUAACCGUUGGGAUCCCAUGCCACGUCUGGCCGUGUCCUCCAGCAAGGAUGAGUGGGCGGAGGUCGCUUGGAGCCUGUUCCAGAAGCAGCAGUUUUCCGAGGCGGAAUUGGCGUUCGAGCGGGCAGGGCUCCCAAAGGAACGCCGGAUCGCGCAUGCCUACCUCUUGCGCAACUCCGCUUUGGCGUCCUCUGCGGCUCUUGCCACCGAGAGUGGGGACUCUGCUUCCGCCAUCAAGCGCUGCACUACCGUCGCUCAAGCGUUCUUGCAAUGCGCUGAAGAGGCGGAAGAUGUGGAGGACAAACGCAGCUACCGCCGCAUCGCCGGACAAUACUACGCCCUCGCGGGAAACGAUCGGGCCGCAGCACAAGCUUUCUACGAUGCAGGGUUCUACGAUGAAGCUGCAAAGCACUACCGCGCUGCGGGCAUGUUCGACGAUGCUGUCCGCGUCGUCCAGAAACAUCGAGAGGUCGACACCUCGCUCGCUGAGUCCAUCAUCUCCGUCGCGAAGCUCCAAUUUUCGAGGGAGAACGAGAUCGAGAAAGCGUGUACAUUGUUUCCCUCGCAGGACGAAGCACUGAACUAUAUGGCUAGCUACGGUCUCGAGACACCUCGCGCAACCCUUCUCGAGCAACUUGGCAGAUAUUCGGAAGCUGCAGAGUGCCAACUGGCGGAGGGGAACAUCUCUGAGGCUACUAGGCUCUUUCUGCUGGACACCCACAGCCCAGCGGCUCUUUCGCGAGCUGCGGGAACAGUACUGGAUGGACUGUGGUCGGCGUUGUCCUUCACUGGGAGUCUGGCGCAGUCACCAAUCGGCGAAGCCCGAGACCGCGGCUCUUUGGACGAUCUCCUGCAAUUGUUGGACAUGUUCCAGGACUUGCCUAUGGACGCCGAGGACCGCGACGAGAUGGCCGUAUUCCGAGCGAUAUCACGGCGCGACCUGAACGCCGUCCGCCUCCUUCGCCACAGCUUCGCUCGAUCCAACAACGAGGCGGCACUGUUCCUUUGCCUUGACACGGUCUUCUCCGUACCCCUCGAGCUAGAUUCAAUGUCCCCCGCAGGGAUUGUUUCGUGCUUCAAAGCGUUUUUGGUCUACGCGGGCACAAUGCGACACUUCGUUUGCCAUCCUGAUCCAUGCAACUACCCGGCGAUGAAGAAGCUGUUCACCUUCUCCACGUACGAUGAAGAUCACUGUCUCCUCCAUCAAGGAAGUACCCUCAUCUCUAGCGUCGAGUCUCCGCGCAUCGAGCGGGAUGCGAACGGAUGGCUUGGCGUCGUGAUACUUCGGCGAGAACUCGAGCGGCUGGUCAAGGAUGCGCUCAAGAGGCGUUUGAGGAAGAGGGUGUUGGACCAGAACGAGACGUUCCACAACCUGCGCUCUAUCCGACUCUGUUUCCUCUUCGCGACAUCUCGUGGACGUUGUCCCCGUGGCGAUCAAUGCGCGAACUACCACGCCCCCGCGGAAAGCCACAGCGCCAACAACUACAUCACCUUUGUUCGGAUAUAUGUGCUGCAUAUCAUGAUAUACCACACCCUGUACGCCACCGACAUACCUUCCCGCGAGUUGUUCAUGCAGCAGAGAGCUUGGCUCCGGCGUUUGUAUGAAGCCUUGUUCCCGCCGCACUACACACUUGGAGCCCCACAUGUGAUCACCGCUACCGCUGUCCCCGAGAUAGAGCAAGGUCGCCACAUCAUCGCCGUAUGGAUCGGGGACCUGCUCAACAGCAUACAACCUGGCUCGGAAGACAAUCUCUACGUCUUUCUCAGCAAUCUCAUCAGGGUCACUCGCCUAGCCAUGCUAUUCGACCACGGCACAGCUACAAGGUCCCUACACCGCAUUCCAUGCAUCUUCCCGAGGCGCCGAUCUCUGCCAUCGCUCUGGAGAGGGAACACCUAUGUCGUGCGAGACCUCGUUUACGCAAUGCAGAGUACCGAGGGGGACUCACUAGACAGAGGCGUUCUCUUCCUCAAGUACGUCGCACGUAACCGGCUUCCCAUCGAUCUUAGCAUUCUAUGCGACUUCAUGGACCAGCUUUGCGGCUCUCUGAUCGCCGCCACACGACUUCAAUAUGGGCGGUCUCUCCACGACGUCACCAUGCCGAAGAGCUGGGCGGCUCGACUGGUGAGAGCCCUACCGAUGCUGCGGGGCAAAUCGACGCGUCGAGCGACAGAAUACGCGUAUCACUUCAAGGAUCUCCUCCAGCAGGUUUACUCCGGGACCGACCCCAAUUGGCAUCUCUUCUUCGAGAACACCGACUUGUCCAUACGAGGUGCUUACAAAACUCGAAACGUCUUGGUCGCAAGGAUCUGCAAGAACUUGUGCCUAUGGGGCUACAACACUCGUUCUCCGGACCUGCGGCGAGAAAUCAUGGCGUCUAUCGCUGCAAUCGGACUCGGUGACAUCGUCCUCAGUCCCCUCUUACUCAGCUACUUGUAUGCGACAUCUUGGAGCGGCCUCGAAAGGGCUGUGCGCGCGUCCACCACCGGAUCCGACCUCGACGAGAUGGUUCAGUUCUGGAACACUGCACAAGGAGUGCGCAUCGACCAUUUCCAGAACGUCCGCCGCAUCCCUUUCCGCCGUACUGAAGACCUAGCCACCCUUCCGGAAUUUGGAUACCCCCUUGGACUGGAACCGAAGACACUCCCCUCAGACUCUCAGGUCGCAGCCAGUACUUCCCUCACAACACCCUCGUCAACCGCCCCAAGUUCCCAUGAUUCUACCGCCGCGCGGGACCAAAGCCGUACAGCGCGUGCACGGAACAACGACGUAGACGGCGAGUCGGGGCGCGCAGCUCCGGCGCAACCCCUCGAGCCUGAGCAAACCGUUGCGGACGAAGCCGAGGAUGCCCCUUCCCUCUCGGAACGCGAAUUCGCUGCAGCCACCAUCAUCGCCGACGCCUUCAAACAGUACUGGGCACGCGUCCAGAACAAGCGUGACUCCUUGCAGGAAACGAGGCACCGGAUCUACAUGCAGUUCCGCGAGCAGGCGCGGAAGAAGUCGUGGUCCCGCCCGCUGUGCCGCAAGCUCUUCCUCGGCCCGCUGCCGCAUGCGUACUUCGCGCUUGAGUGCACGAAGAGCCACCUGAACGCGGCGAUGGCAGGAACGAGGGAGAAACUCAAGAGCGUCGACCACCGGGAGCUCGAGGUUCUGCUGUCUGCCUUGGACUCUCUUGGGAAACUGCACGAGGGCGUCUCGCGUCUGCAUCAGCGGCUCGAACCUGCGGCGCGGAUCUACGACAAUUGCGACGUCGCGACGAUCAGGACGUGCGUGCUCGACGUGGAUGAGGUGGUGCGUGCCGUGUUGGCCGACAGCCAGGAGGACGUAUUGGUAUGGCAAGAUGAUUUGGGCCUUGCGAAAAGCGUUGUUGCCGGCGUGUGAGGCCUUGAGGUCUGAACUUGAGGCCUGAGUUACUUGUCGAAGGUUGAGCGCUGUGAGAUGUAUGACUAAAUACUAUAUAUUCUGUGUUCGUAUAUUGUAUGUGUAUG